UCCGAGGGUCAAACUGUAUGAAAAUAUGGCGGCGCACCUGAAGAAACGCGUUUACGAAGAAUUUACUAAAGUAGUGCAGCAGCAGCCAUUGGAAGAUCUUUCUGCUAAGAAGUUGCGACUUACAAAACCCAGCAAAUCCGCAUCGCUUCAUAUUGACCUUUGCAAAGCAACAUCUGCAGCUGAUGCCCUACAGUACCUCCUACAGUUUGCACGGAAACGCGUCGAGGCAGAUAGCGUGGAAGGUGUUGUGAGAAUCCUUUUGGAGCAUUAUUACAAGGAGAAUGACACAUCAGUGAGGGUGAAGAUUGCAUCUUUGCUGGGUUUGUUAUCCAAGACCUCUGGGUUUUGCCCUGAUUGCAUAGUGGACGAUGUGAUCAACACACUUCAAAAUGAGAAAUCUCAUCAAGUCCUGGCUCAGCUGCUUGAUACACUGUUAGAAAUUGGGAUGAAGUUGUUAGAUAAUGCGCCUCUUCGGAUGCGUUUGGUGGAUGUAGCUUGCAAGCAUCUGACAGACACGUCUCAUGGCGUCAGGAACAAAUGCCUGCGUCUGAUUGGCUGCCUUGGCUUUGUAGAAAAAAGCACUGGAAAAGAAGCAGAGAACACGUCUGUCAAAGAUGUCCAGAAGAUCAUCGGAGACUACUUCAGUGAUCAGGACCCUCGCGUGAGGACUGCAGCUAUAAAGGCUAUGUUACAGCUCCAUGAGAGAGGGAUGAAAUUGCAGCAGACAAUGUAUAAUCAGGCCUGCAAACUCCUGACAGAUGAUUAUGAACAAGUCCGCAGUGCAGCAGUGGAGCUUAUUUGGGUUUUAAGCCAACUCUAUCCUGAAAGCAUUGUUCCUAUCCCCUCAUCCAAUGAAGAAAUUCGCCUUGUUGAUGAUGCUUUUGGUAAAGUCUGCCAUAUGGUCAGCGAUGGUUCCUGGAUGGUCAGGGUUCAGGCCUGCAAACUCUUGGGCUCCAUGCAGCAAGUCAGCGCCCAAUUCUUGGAACAAACUCUUGAUAAGAAGCUCAUGUCAGACCUCAGGCGUAAACGAACGGCGCACGAGAGAGCAAAAGAGCUGUAUAACUCAGGGGAGUUCUCCAGUGGCAGAAAAUGGGGAGAUGAUGCCCCAAGAGAAGAACUGGAUACUGGGGCCGUCAAUCUGAUUGAAUCUGGGGCAUGUGGGGCUUUUGUUCAUGGACUGGAGGAUGAGAUGUACGAGGUGAGGAUAGCUGCUGUGGAAUCCUUAUGCCAGCUGGCCCGCUCCUCUCUUCCAUUCGCAGAGAAGUGCCUGGAUUUCCUGGUGGACAUGUUUAAUGACGAGAUUGAAGAAGUUCGUCUGCAGUCCAUCCACACCAUGCGCAAGAUCUCUGACAACAUCACCUUGAGGGAAGACCAGCUAGACACAGUGCUGGCUGUGCUUGAGGAUUCUUCUCGGGACAUCCGGGAGGCCUUGCAUGAGCUUCUCUGCUGCACUAACGUGUCCACGAAGGAAUGUAUCCAGCUUGCUCUAGUUGAGCUACUGAAGAAUCUUACUAAAUACCCCACAGACCGAGACUCCAUCUGGAAGUGUUUAAGGUUCCUUGGUAGCAGACACCCCACCCUUGUCCUUUCACUGGUACCUGAGCUCCUUAGUACUCACCCGUUCUUUGAUACGCCAGAGCCUGACAUGGAUGACCCAGCAUAUGUUGCAGUCUUGGUUUUGAUUUUUAAUGCUGCCAAGACCUGUCCCACAAUGCCUGCGUUAUUCUCUGAUCACACCUUCCGCCAUUACGCCUAUCUACGGGAUAGUCUCUCUCAUCUGGUCCCACCACUGAAUUUGCCAGGAGUGAAGUGGUCCUGGAUCCCAGAGCUGACCAGUGCUGCUCCUCAGGAGGAUCCGUCUCAGCAGUUUCUGCAGCACAGCUUAGAGAGGGUGCAUAAUCUGCAGCACCUGGGCUCACAGGAUAUACAGGAGCUGCUGGAGUUUACUAUACGUGAUCUUCAGAGAAUUGGGGAGCUGCAUUCUAAGCUGGCAGGAAUGGCAGAUUUCUCAGCAGCGUAUCUUCACUGUCACUUACUGUUGACCAAGGCCUUGAACGAGAAGCUUUGGAGUUUGGCGGCUCCUCUGUACCUGAAACACAACUCUCUGACGGCAGCUGCAGUGAAACAGAUCCUUGAAGAAACCUACAAGAUGGAAUUUAUGUACAGUGGCCUUGAGAACAGACAAGUGGCCAUAAUUCAUCAUAUGAGGUUGCAGGCAAAAGCUCUUCAGCUUCUCCUGACUGCACGUACAACUAAGGGAGUGGAGCCUCUUUUUGGGAUGUGUGAACAGUUUCUGCAAGAGGUGGACUUUUUUCAAAGGUGCUUCAUUUCUGAGCUUCCUCAUAUGCAAGAUAGCUUUUUGGAUAAGCUACUGGACCUCAUGCCGCGGUUGGUGAACUCAAAACCCUUAGAAAUGGUGAAAAUCCUGCAGACAACACUACGCCAGAGCAGUUUCCUUCAUCUGACCCUCCCAGAGCAGAUCCAGAAAGCAUCGUCCAACAUUAUAGAGCCAGCAGAAGAGUCUGAUAACCCGAUCCGCUUCACUUCAGGUCUGGUUGUUGCAUUAGAUGUAGACGCCACUCUUGAGCAUGUCCAGGAACCACAGACCACAGUAAAGGUUCAGAUCAUAUAUCCAGAUGGGCAAAUCCAAAUCAUUCACCCUAAACCAGCGGAUUUCCGGAAUCCCGGUCCUGGAAGGCACCGAUUGAUCACUCAGGUUUAUCUUUCACAUUCAGCAUGGACAGAGCCCUGUCAAAUUGAAGUGAGGUUACUUCUAGCCUACAGCUCCAGCCGAAGCAAGGUUUUAACCCGAACACUGAAGUCUUCAUGGGGUGAGAGCAUGGAGGUUGUAUCUUCCACAGACAGUUGCACCGAAGGCACCAUACCAUUCAGCAAGCCUGUCAAAGUGUUACUCAUGCCCAAACCAGCAAGGCGGUGACACCAGAGAAGAACUUCUGAACUUUAUACCAGUCUGAACUACAAACAGAACCUGGUACUGGUCAAAAUAUCAAGUCUGCAGUAUAGUUUCUGGUCCUCAAUAUUUUAAUGAACAGUCAACCCAGGAAAACUAUCCCAUUCUGAUGAAGCCCAUAAAUAAAGUAUGUUUAUAUAACUCGCUCCAUUUUUUUUUUUUUUUACUAAGAUUAAAAUGAUAUGCUACUGAGCAGAUCUUGUUUAAAUGACUCCAUCGAUUUCAGAACAUAACAACGUGGGACAUUCUUUAGAUAACUAUCAAUAUGUUUGGUACUAUUAGCCCCGUACUUACGUACAGAAUCCUUCUAAUGGUUUGUAUGCAUUAAACAGAAGAAUAUCUAUAGAAUCACGUGAUUACUUUUGUGAACACGAAGAGGAAACUUCCUUUGAGGCUCCCAGGGACAGCAGUCAUUUGUGUGUGUUAAUGUAUCUUUACAGACUAUAGAAAAUAAAAACAAACACCUGGUUUA